AUGAGAUCAUUACCACCACCUAGAAUUACAAGAUCAAGAAAAUGGAAAAGAAUUAGACGUGCCAUAUUUAAUUUAUUAACAAAAGGUUAUAUAUCUGAUUUUGGAGUAUUUUCAAGAAAUCAAAAUAUUAGAUAUUCAUAUACAAUUUCAAAAAUUGAGAAAGCUAGAUUUAGUUCAAGAAUGAAAUUUAAAACAAAUGAAUUAUUCUUAACUGCAAAUACAAGUAUCAAAAUUUUAACUACAUUAUCUAAAGUUUUGGGUAAAUUAUCAAUGCCAGGUAUGAGAAAAGAAUUGGUACCUAAUAAAUUAAAUGUAUCCGUUAAAUUUUAA